AUGAAGGAUGAGAAUUCGUUGCUGUCAGCUCUCGAGAUACGACAGCAGGAUGAAUUGAACAGUUUGAAAUCCAUUUAUGGCGAUAUUAUGAAAGAUAUCACGUCGGACAAGCUUAUUUGGAACAAGAAACCGAGCCCUCAUUUUCAAGUUUUUUUGGAAUCAUCAGAGAAUCCUGAAAAGCCAACACUUUCACUAACGCUUGAUAUUGAAUUUACGCCAACAUACCCAGUAUCGCCGCCAAUUGUCAAGAUUUUAAAACCAAAGAAUAUUUUAAAGGCAAAUCUUACGUCUUUGAAACAAAAGAUUCAACACUUAAUUAAAGAGUAUCCAGAGGAAGAGGUCUCAUUUACCAUCAUUUCGGAGCUCAAAGUCUUAUUAGACGAAUAUCAGCAUGCCAUGGAAAAGACCAUGUCUUUAGAACAAGAACGUGAAUUACGAUUAAGAACGGAGAGGCUCCAAUUAGAAAAGGAGGACGCGAAAAAGCAACAGGAGCAAGAGGAUGCAAAGAAGGAAGAGAAUCAAAAACUAAACCAACAAAUAAUCAAAAUACAAGGUGAAUACUAUAAUGAAAUGUCGGAUGAAUCGGAUGAAAAUGAAGACGACUUACGACUAGUACCAACAGACACGGAGAAGUAUUUCACUUUUGAAAACACGAUGGUAGGACAGAUUCCAGGUUCUAAGCAAAAGUUUAGGUUCCGAUCUGUGUUGGGUUUUGCUCCUGUCAAGUAUGGUGAUUUACUAUCACGUCUUGGAGAUCAGUAUAUUGUGAGACCCUAUCUUGCAACUGGAGUUACUCCUGGAUUUGAUAAAAAAGGUAAUGAAUUGAGCUAUGUAUUUACAGAGAUCAGUUUUAAUAACUCCUUCUGGAUGACAGAUUCAGGAAAGAGUGAAAUUCAAGACCUUGAAAGAGAAUUGCAGUUAGCUUUGAAUAUUACUAACGACAAUAUAUCAAAGCUUGUUGGAUUUCAAAUUGACAAAAUGAAAGAAUCUGGAUGGAAGCUCCGUCUUCUCUCGGAAAACUUCCCUAGAGCUGUAUCCCUUCUGUAUGUUCUAUCAAAAGUUAACUUCGUUAAUUGGGCUAUAGCGAGGGUUUGGUUUAUUCAAUUACUAUCGGGAAUUGAGUAUCUUCAUAACUCUGGAUUUAUUCAUAAGAUUAUUUGCCCUUUAACUGUAUAUGUGCACCCAAUUGACAAUUAUAUUUAUAAAAAAGACAUCACUUUGUUUGAUGAUGAACUCUUUGAUGAUGAUGAAGCUAAAGAUAUGAAAUUUACACAAUUGAAACUAAUAUACCCUUCCUUCGGUUUCAAAAUAUUACAAUUUUUUAAUUUACAUCCUAAUGACAAUGUAUCUUUAAAUAUAGAAAGCUUGAUAGAAACGUUAAUACCUUUUAAUUGGCAGUCACCAGAAUCGAAGAAAGGAAAUAUACAACCAAAAUCAGAUAUUUGGGAUUUAGGAGUCUUAUUCACUAGAAUAAUGCUAGGAAAUGAUGUUGUGACUACAAAGUACAAAACACCUGAUGAACUAUUCCACAAAUUUUCUGCUGAAGACUUUCAAGGUGCAGAAAGUUACAGUAAAUUAGUGUUUGACAUGCUUUCAAAGUUGUUGCAAGUCAGGCUCACCAAGAGACCCAGCCCGCUAGAACUAAAUGCUGCUGGGUUUUUACGUGAUGGUCCCACUUCAAUUCCGAAACACUCGGAGUCUAAAUUCUUAUCUUCAGCGUCUCUCAGGAAACUUGAAGAACUCAUGUCUAAAGAUGCAAAAGACAAAAGCACUCCAGCUUCGGCUAUGAUUACUACAAACACUGCCAUUCCAGCUUCUACGGCUUCAAAACGAAGAAGAAGUUAUAGUCAACAAAUGAGCAUGAAUAGAACCGAAUCGCUUACACAAGAAUUCAAUUCUAAUAAUAAAAGGAUAGGUAGAUAUGAAAGGGAUUUUGAAGAAAUUGGCAGGUUAGGAAAAGGUGGCUUUGGAGAAGUUGUAAAGGCACGUAAUAGGAUGGAAGGUACGUUUUAUGCAAUCAAAAAGAUUAGACAUAGAGCAUACAAACUAGACUCGUUACUAAGUGAAGUGCUUUCUUUAGCAAGGCUAAACCAUCAAUACAUAGUUCGCUACUACGGAACAUGGGUGGAAGAGGUUGGGAACGAUGACAAUGGAGUAGUAGAUUCAGACGUUAACUCUAGCUCGGAAGAUGAAUUCGAUGGACCUUUAAACACUAAGACGUCUUCUUAUUUACAGAGUCAUGAUAAUUCCUAUCAGAUAGACUAUAUAUCAAAUUCCUUUGACCCACAUAUUGAAUUCUCUGAUUCAUCGAUUGAAGAAGAAUUCGACGAAAGGAUUGUGUUUGCAAACGAUAGUGAUGAAAGUGACAACAAUACCACCGGCCACUCUAGCGUCGACACUACACCUACAACGCACAACACUUUGUCUUCAGCGCCAGGGAGUAGAGUACCUCAUAACAGGCUUCAGCAGAAAUCCAUAUUAUAUAUACAAAUGGAAUUUUGUGAGAAUAAUACUUUACAAAAUUUAAUUGAACAAGGUCUACCAAGUAACCAUAACGAAUACUGGAGGUUAUUUCGCCAGUUGUUGGAGGCAGUCUCUUAUAUACAUCGUGAGGGAUUUAUUCAUAGAGAUCUUAAGCCCACAAACGUUUUUAUCGAUAAAUCUAACAACAUCAAAGUGGGUGACUUUGGAUUGGCCAGGAAUUCCCAGUUUUCGUCGGUGCUACUGAACAACAAUCAAGUAUCGUCAAAGAACAACGAAGAUCUCUCUACUGUUGUAGGAACUGUGUUUUACACAGCCAAAGAGGUAGCAUCAGGUCAUUAUAACGAAAAAGUUGAUAUGUAUUCAUUGGGAAUCAUUUUUUUUGAGAUGUGCUUCCCUCUUGCAACAGGAAUGGAGCGUGCCCAGAUAUUAAAUAAUUUACGUUUAGUUACUGUUGAUUUUCCACACAAUUUCUUGAGCCAUAAAUUCAAAACCGAACGUAAAAUCAUAAGAUCUUUGCUAGAUCAUGAACCGAAGAAGCGGCCUGGUGCUACUGAGCUUUUGCAAAGUGGUUGGCUCCCUGUGGAACACCAAGAUCAGGUAAUAAAAGAAGCGUUAAAGUCCUUGGCGGAUCCUGCAUCACCUUGGCAACAACAAGUCCGAGAGACAUUGUUCAAUCAACCUUAUCUGUUGGCUGAAGAUUUACUUUUUGACAAUUUUAGCAAGAAUACUAGCAGUAUGCAACUCAAUUAUGAUGUUCCUGAUUAUUUGUUAUUUACAACCUUAAUUGAGAAAUUGUUUAGGAUUUUCAAAAACCAUGGGGCGAUCCAAGAUUUAAACUCGAAUACAAUUUUACCAAAAUCUCCAUUUCAAUCCCGUGAGCUUGUUUACGAGUUCUUGGACAGAAGCGGAAGGGUUUUAACAUUGCCAUACGAUUUGACUUUACCCAAUGCGAGAGUUUUGAGUAGAUCGAAAGUAGGCAUACCUAAAAUCUAUAAACAUGAGUUUGUUUACAGACCUAGCUUGAGGGGUAGCGGUCUUCCUGAUAAAUACAGUGCAGUAAACUUCGAUAUCACCACCCAUGAUUCUGCUUGCAGACCAGAAAAUGAUGCUGAGUGUCUAAAAAUCAUCGAUGAAAUCUUGCAACUUUUUCCUUGCUUCAAAAUCAAAAAUUCUCAAGCAUUAAUUGUAGUGAAUCAUUUUGAUAUAUUAAGCUCUGUGAUUGAGUUUGCAUUCGGUAAUAUUGGAAUAGAUCAAAAACAAAUGCACGAAAUUUCUGGGGUAUUAUCGCAGAUUGGAAUUGAUAAAAGUGCUGAUGAAGUGAAGAACUAUCUCAGGGAAAAUUUUAAGGUCCCUCACACGGUGGUUAAAGAUCUAGUUGACGAGUUUAACUUUACUAUGGAACUCCCAAAAGUCAAAAGUAAAUUGCAAAAACUUAUGGUAGAUUCCCCUUUAUUGUUACGAGUUGAGAGAGCCCUUGCAUACCUCGAAUGCAUCUUGACUACUUCUCAAAAAUUAGGAAUAAAGUCUCCGGUGCUUUUCAAUCCGUUGAGCAAUUAUAACAAUAAAUACUAUAAACAUGGAAUAAUGUUCCAAGCCGUUUUUCGUGUUGACAGGGUUCGCAAAUUCACUCGCGUGAUAACAGGUGGGAGAUAUGAUAAUCUAAUAUCAUCGUUUGUAAAUGAAGAUAUUUCAAAAUCUUAUACCCCAUGUGCUGUUGGUUUCUCUUUGACCGCUACAUUUUUGUUUUUGUUAAUGAAAAAUCUAAUAUCGAGGAAAAUGACAUGUAGCGAGAGACAGCUUUGGAGAGGACUGCGUUGUGACGUCUUAAUAACGAGUCUUAAUGGCACUUAUAUUAAGCAAUCGGGUUUUGAAAUAGCUAGGCGAUUAUGGUCUCAAAACAUUAGUUGCGAUGUAGAGACAGUUUUAACACAAGAAGAGAUACUGGAAAGGUCUAUAAAAGAAGGAGCAAAUUGGAUUAUUGUCAUAAAGCAGCCAAUAUCAUAUCAAAAAAGAAAAUCGAAGAAAUCUGGUAGCUCAUUUAAACCCCUUAAAAUUAAAAAUGUUUCACAUAACAAGGAUAUCGAUGUGGAGUAUGAUGAAUUAAUCCCAUUUUUGAUUUCAGAGAUUGAAGAACGAAAUCAGGAACUUGAUGAGAACCAUCAAUCUGUAAAUGAUGAAGAGUCAUCUAAAGAUGAUUACCUAGAAUCAGAAGAGCAGACUUCUGCUGGCUAUGAUGUUACUUUAUUUACAGCGGAUAUUGACCAAAAGAUUACCUUGGUAGCAAAUGAUGCACCUCGAGGUAGGAAAAACAACAAAAGGGAGAAAUGGGAGGUUGAGAAUGACUCAAAGCUUGCGUCUGCCCUGUUCAUAAAGAAGUUGGCAACAUCCCCUGUUUUAGUGGUCGAUGCCAGAGAUGAGGUAUUGGAUAUGAUUGCUAUAACCUCAAUUCAUCAGCCUGAAGAUUGGAUGAGGAAGAUAAUAUACGCCUCAAAUAACUUGCCAAAAAGCUUUGCCCAAAAUAUUCAUAACUCAUUAGUUAAAGAGUCUUUAAAGGGUCAUGAAUGGGCUGUUUUACAUUCACCAAAGAGCAAUAAAACAACAGUGGUUGAUUUGCAAAGGUGA